AUGGAGUUCACGGAACUGCAGGUAUUGUCCUUUCUAAUAUCAUCGGCGCUGGUGUUCAUAAUGGUGCCCGGACUGGCACUCUUCUACGGCGGCCUGGUUCGCCAUAAAAACGUAAUCGGAACGAUGAUGCACUCCAUCACCGCGAUCGGCUUGGUUAGUGUGCUAUGGGUGCUGUGGGGUUAUAGUCUGGCGUUUGGCAACAGCGUGGGCGGCCUGGGCUUCGUUGGCGACCUCACCAAGUUCGGGAUGAUGGGCGUGGAGCUGGAUGAACAGGCGUUCAUGGUGUUCCAGGGGAUGUUCGCCAUUAUUACAGUGGCGCUCAUCGCCGGCGGCUUCGCGGAGCGGUUCAAAUUUUCGUCAUACGUGAUUUUUUCGGCAUUGUGGGUAACCAUCGUGUAUGCGCCGCUGUGCCACUGGGUUUGGGGCGGCGGCUGGCUGGGCAAGCUGGGCUCGGUGCUGGGAAUGAGCGAAGCCGGGUUUGCGAUGGACUUCGCCGGCGGCACCGUGGUGCAUAUCGCAUCGGGGACCGCAGCGCUGGCAGCGGCCUUCAUCGUGGGGCGCCGCGCCGGGUUUGGGACGGCAACGGUUACUCCGCACAACGUGCCCCUGGUGCUGCUGGGCGCCGGCAUGUUGUGGUUCGGCUGGUUCGGCUUCAAUGCGGGCAGCAGUUUCGACCUCACUAGCGGCCAGGGCGUGAACGCCUUCGUCGUUACCAACGUGGCGGCAGCCACCGCCAUGUCCUCGUGGUCGCUGGUGUCGUGGCUGGUGACCAAGCGACCGUCGGCCAGCGGCGCCGCAGCGGGAGCGGUGGCGGGUCUGGUGGCGAUAACGCCGGCCGCCGGAUUUGUGGGAGUUAUGCCAUCUAUCAUCAUCGGCGCUGGCGCUGGCGCCGCGUGUUUCGUGGCUGUUGAGUUGGUUCACAAGCUGCGCAUCGACGAUUCGCUGGACGUGUUCGGCAUCCACGGGAUUGGCGGGAUGUGGGGGGCGCUGGCUACCGGAAUAUUCGUCGGCGUUGGCAUUGGGUUGGAUGGUCUGGACGCCGACGUAACCCGCAUCGAACAGGUCCUAUACCAAAUCAUUGGCAUACUGGCGGCCUUCGCAUGGUCGUUCGUUGUGUCCAGCAUCAUUCUGCUGGCCCUUAAAUACACCAUUGGUCUGCGCAUCACUGACACGGAAGAGGAAAUUGGAAUCGACCUGACGCAGCAUGGAGAAGGCAUGAACCAGUAA